GUAUGUUGGGAAAACGGAUUCUAUAACCAUCAGCGUGUGGAACCACAAGAAGAUCCACAAGAAGCAGGGGGCUGGCUUUCUGGGCUGCGUGAGGCUGCUCUCCAACGCCAUCAGCAGAUUAAAAGAUACCGGAUACCAGCGUUUGGAUCUAUGCAAACUAAAUCCCUCAGAUACUGAUGCAGUUCGUGGCCAAAUAGUGGUCAGUUUACAGACACGAGACAGGAUAGGCACUGGAGGCUCUGUGGUAGACUGCAGAGGACUUUUAGAGAACGAAGGAACCGUGUAUGAAGACUCAGGGCCUGGAAGGCCACUCAGCUGCUUCAUGGAGGAGCCGGCCCCUUACACAGACAGUACUGCUGCUGCUGCGGGGGGAGGGGACUGCAGGUUUGUGGAGUCCCCAAGUCAAGAUCAAAGACUCCAGGCGCAGCGACUCCGAAAUCCCGAGGUCCGGGGGUCACUCCAGACGCCUCAGAACCGACCCCACGGCCACCAGUCACCAGAACUGCCCGAAGGCUAUGAACAAAGAACAACGGUGCAGGGCCAAGUUUACUUCUUGCACACACAGACUGGAGUUAGCACAUGGCACGACCCUAGGAUACCAAGAGACCUUAACAGUGUGAAUUGUGAUGAACUUGGACCACUGCCACCAGGCUGGGAAGUCAGAAGUACAGUUUCGGGGAGAAUAUAUUUUGUAGAUCAUAAUAACCGAACCACUCAGUUUACAGACCCAAGAUUACAUCACAUCAUGAAUCACCAGUGCCAACUAAAGGAGCCCAGCCAGCCGCUGCCAUUGCCCAGCGAGGGCUCUGUGGAAGACGAGGAGCUUCCUGCCCAGAGAUAUGAAAGAGAUUUAGUCCAGAAGCUGAAGGUCCUCAGACACGAACUUUCACUUCAGCAACCCCAAGCCGGUCAUUGCCGCAUCGAAGUAUCCAGAGAAGAAAUAUUUGAGGAGUCUUACCGCCAGAUCAUGAAGAUGCGGCCAAAGGAUCUGAAGAAGCGGCUGAUGGUGAAGUUCCGGGGAGAAGAAGGUUUGGAUUAUGGCGGAGUGGCGAGGUGAGGAGCUGGGGUGGCCCCACUUGCUACUGCGCGGGGCUCUGGGCCGCCGGGACGGGAGGUUUUUGAGGGCGCUUGUCCUGGGGCAGUCAGGACCCCCGCAUGGCCUUCCGUGCUCCUGGGAACAAGGCUGUGUCACAGCCACCAGAAGGCACAUCUCCUUCAUCUGGAAUUUACUUCUUGGAAAGAUAGGUUUCAACUUUUCAACCACCCUCCCCAUCCCCCCACUUCAUCUGGCAGCUCUGAACCUGAAACACGAGGGACCUGCUCCUGAAAUCAAUCUGGGAGCGAAGCAGCCUUGCUUUUCCUAGGAGAGGACUUUCGGGGCACUGGUGUCAAAGGAAUUUUGCAAAGUGACUCGGUCAAAAUCAUUCAUGCAAAUCAUCUUAAAAAUAGAAGAAUGAAAAACUGUUAUUUCCCAUCUUACCUCUUUACACCUUUGAGACAACUGCCUUUUUUGCUCUUUUAACUCUCUCUUCUAAUAGGUAACGUUAUGUCACUAAAUUGGCCAAGUUCAGACAUUAUGCAUUGACUUCAGGAUGUAUGGUCAUAGACACAGACUGGGUAAUGCUUGUGGUGAGGAUCUGAUUUAAUACUCUCACUUCCGAGUUUGGUGCUGUUGCCAUU